AAGAUUGCCCAAUGAUCAAUAUGUCAAUUUUCAAAAAAAAAAAGAUCAAUAUGUCAAUCCAUAUAUCCAUAAUAAAGGGAGUUACUAAAGGUCGCCCUUAAAAUUGCUAAAUGUCGCCCUAAAAAACAUCAAAGUUACAAAUUUAACCUUUUAGCUUCUUUACCAAGGUUGUCAACCCGCGGGUUGACCCGGACCCGGUCGAGCUAGUGAGUCAAGGGUUAAUAGGUCAAUCGUUUUAGCCCGGUUUGGCCCGGAAAUAUAGAAAAAGUCAUUAUAUUGUACUUAUCCUCAUAAAUUAUAUCAAAUCUUAUCUAGCAUAUGACUUAUAACAUAUAAUAUUACACCAAAAUAACAUAUCGUACUUAGAUCCAACAUAUAGUGAAAAUUCACACACACUUAUAUAACAUAAAUAUUCAAAUGUUCAACUUAGAAUUCCAAAGAUUGGGUUAGGCGAAAAGAAAAAUCGGAAAAUAGGCGCAUUUCGCAAACCAAAGAAAAAAAUGACACAAUUUGACCUCCAACCCGGUACCUUGUAGCGGUCGGCCCGGCGGGUGCGUAUGGCCCGUUUUUCUCACCGGGUCAGGGUCAAAGUGGGUCUACCCGCGGGUUGACAACCUUGUUCUUUACUCUUCCUUUAGCAAACAAACACCACUUAGUAAAGAAAAUAAAACAUUAUUCAAAAGAGAGAAUCCAUCAUCGUCAUUCUGGAGUUGGAAUUGUUGAUAUGAUGUGUGGAUCAUGACUAGUGACUCUGAAUUAGUAAAGUUCACUCAAAAAAUUGGAAAAAAAAAAACAAAAAAAGGGAACCGUAGCUCAUUUGCGGUUGCACCAUGGGCCAACCGCAGCUCACUUGCGGUUGGUCCAUGGUGCAACCGCAAAUGAGUUGCGGUUGGUCCAUGGUGCAACCUAAGGCAAGUUACGGUUGGUCCAUGGGCCAACCGCAGCUCACUUGCGGUUGCACCAUGGACCAACCGUAACUUGCCUUAGGUUGAGCAUUUUUUUGGAAAUUUCGUUAGAGAACGGGCGACGACGACGGCAGGAAAGACACCGACGAACUGGUGCGUCGAGAGGGAUUCGCGAAGAAGUCAUACGAGGGGUUCAAUUUGAGGGGUUAGGGAUUGUUUGGUUUGUUUAAAUUUUGAAAUUUUAUUGGGGUAUAUACAUAAGUCAUUUAUCAUUAGAGUUAGAGCGACCGUUAGCAAUUUUAAGGACGACAUUUAGAGAUUAAGUAAAAGGGGAAAAUUGCUUGUUUUGUCAUUGAAAAUACUAAACUAUAUUACAUUUGCCAAUUGCCAUUUUAAUUCCUCUAUUCUGCUAGUGGUUUGGGGCUUUGGGCUAUUACCUAGCUGAAGGACAAUGGGCUUUUGGGGCCUCGAUGGCCAUUAGUGCUUGCUCUAUGGAUUUGAUCCCGUUCGUCUUUGUUUGGAUCUACUGUCUUUUGGUUUUGGGAACCGGCCUGCUUCAUUUGUUACAAAAAGCCUAUAAGUUGGACCUAGAGAAUAGAGAUCCAUCAACAUCAUGUUGGCGGUAUUCGAGAAUUCAUUUCAUUUUCCCGCGGAAGUCUGAACUGUGCCCGCCCCUUCUUCAAACAAAACCCUAAAUCGAGAUCCGCCUAUGAGUAGUUCGGAAAGGUGGAGAUGAUAGAUCGCGGUUGUGUUUCUCUUUGGCGCGGGCACAGCAGUCAAGAGUUUCCCUUCCUGUAAUAGUCAUCGACGACAGGUGAUUUCUCCUCUCUUGAUUCCUUUCUAAUCCCUUUCGACGGUGUUAAGUCAUGAACGAUAUCGGCAUUAGCGGCGAAUUGGGGGGAAAUAGCAAAAGGCGAUGUGUAGAGGAAGAUGCUACUGAUAGGUUGAGCCAUCUCCCAGUCUUCGUUAUUCAUCACAUCCUUUCAUUUCUAGACACCAAAUCCGCCGUUCAGACCUCUGUACUGUCUCGAGUGUGGAGAUUCGCUUGGAAACAUGUCCCCGUCCUCAGUUUUCGAAGCGGUUCCUUCGACCAGUAUUCGAGUUUCCAGAGUUUUGUGGGGAAUGUAGUGUCCCUCCGCGAUCCUGUUGGCGACGUUGUCGGGAAGAUAAGCUACAUUGACAACGAGGGUUCGGACGAACUAGAUUGUGAGCUGUUUGGUAAGGUCAUCAAAUAUGCCUUGUCUCAUGACACGCAUCAUUUAGUGGUUGACACGAACAGCACUAGUUGUUCUUGCGAUUACUCGUUCUCCGAUUUGUUUGGAACAAUCUCCAGUUGCAACCUUACAACACUGGAACUGCAAAGUGUCUUGAUCGAUGAGGCAUUUGCACAUUCUGGCUUCGGAAUGCUGACAACUUUGAAUUUGGAGUUGUGCGAGUUAGAGUAUGAUCUUGAUGAGUACUUGGAUCCUUUGUCUGGCUGUCCCUGUCUGCAGAAUUUGGUCCUGAAUCAUUGCUCCCAUUUUGUCAAGAUAUCCGGACCGCAGUUGCUUAGGCUGACAUUGGAUUGUGUGUAUUGUGACCCAUGGGAACAGAUUGAAAUAUUCGCACCAAGACUCAAAUUCUUGAGUCUUUUGCCGGAAUUAGAAGACAUGAAAUUCUCCAAGUUAAGCAUUCCUUGCCUCGAUCAUGUUGAUAUUCGGGUAACUGACACGAACGAUUUCUUGGAAGGGAACGAGGAAUGUGUCGGGCAACGUUUCAUCUCCUUGUUUGAGUAUUUAAACAAUGCAAUAUCUCUCACGCUGGGUCCUCAUACCAUCCGGGUAUUGAGUGGUAUGACUGAAUUUCUGGAACAACAACCCUCCUCUCCCUUUAGGAGGUUGAAGACCUUGAUCAUGGAGGCCGACAGUGUACCUUACGCACUCAUCAAUUACUUUCUUAAAGGUUCUAGUAUGAAGCCAAAUCUUGAGUUUGUGUAGCAUAUUGAACGGCCAUUUUGCCAUGGUUCUCCGACUGUGGUAUGCAAUUUAGGUUGGAUUUUCUUUCUUUUUGAGGUCAUUUAGGAAGAGUUUAUGAAUUUGUCCAAACCAUAGCUACUCGGCUUGCUUUCACUGCAAUAUGUAAUUUGCACUAUCACUCAUGUCAGUUUCUUAGACCCAGUACCAUUCUGGUUUCGGUUGGUUGGUUUGAUGACAACUAUAUCUGGGUUUCAUUGUUCUCCGUACUUAUUUCUUUUGAUUUGAACGGAAUGAGCUCUCUGAAACGUUUGUUCUUGCUCGGUUAUUGAAUUUAUGAUGCCUACCUCAUUGAGUUAUCUUUCCAAACUUAUGCUGACUGCCAAUCUUCUUACUCCCUGAAUCAGCUGUAGAUAUGGCUGCAUUUUCCUUCUAUCACUUGGGAUGCUAGGUGUGAAGUAUUUAAAACAACGCAUAGUUUUGCAGUUGAACUUGGAAUUUCUAGAUACCGACUAACUAUUCGAUCAUAUCAACUUAGAUAACUCACAGUAACAAACUGAUGUGGUUGAAUCGUAGAUAUGUGCUUUCAAUGGCAAGUAUGAGAAAUCUAUCACAAAUACUGUUACUAUAUGUUCAUUGUCGUUGUUCAGCUUAUAGAGGUUGUUGAGAAAAUUAUCUCUAGAUCAAACCAAUCGAUGCCAACAUAUUUCCAAACCAAUCGAUGCCAAUCCACCUCAUGUAGUUUUUGUACUUUCAUUAUCACCUAUUGGAAUGUAGUAAACUAAUGUCAGCAACGUAUGUGGUUUCGUAACUUUCUUUUGUUGUCUAUUCGAGUUUAGUAUUAAAUAUCAAAGAUGUAUGUUAGGUUGAAAGUUUCGUUUAUUUAUUUAUUAUUUUUCAAUUGCCACGUCACUAAGUUAAUGGUCAACUUUGAGAGUUGACUGCCACAUCAGCCAAACUUAACGGAGUUGGACGGAGAGUUACCAAACAUGAACGAUUUAUGUAAACUGAAGUACCACUAUUGGAUUUAAAUAUUUAUAGUGACUAAAUUUGAACGUUUUUUGCAAUCUCAGUGACCAAUCAUGCAAUUAACCCAUUAACUAAUUGAAUGAACAGUAAAACCGCCUACAGAGUCAUACAAAGUUAGUGGCCAAUAUAAGCAUCGCUAGGAUCUAUAAUAUGGGUACCCGGAGAAAGAGAGUGACUCAAAUGAGCUAGGUGAUCAACAAGAAAGUUAGCUUCCCUGUAAACAUGCGUAACCCGUAUGUCCUAGUCACGCUUCUGCAGUUCCUGAAAAGAAAGUACAAGGAUAGCGUGUUGGUGAUUAGUUCGAAGCAGACUCGAAUAUGAGAUGCACGACUGUGGUGGAGUCCGGUUGCAGCUCCACCUUCUUGUAUCCUAGGUCUCACACCAGUUGAGGACCUUGUAUGGCACCCCAUAGUUCCGCGCAAGUGAUUGAGCAUCUUCCCAGAUUUAUCGAAUAGGCCCCCAAUAUGCGACCCUGCCCUGUCUCUAAGCGCCUCUCCUGCAACAUAUAUUUUUUAGGGAGCGAUGUACUAUGUUUCGCACUAGCUCACAUUGAUAUUUGAAUGAGAUCAAUCUGAAGUGAUUUUAUGAAUUUUAUUACAAAUGAAGAGCAAGAUAUUAAACUACUAUUUAAACA